AUGGCAGGCCUUAUGGGAACAAGAUUGGGGGCUUUUCGAGCUUACUUCUUCGGCUUCUUUGUCUGCACAGCAGGGUUCUUGUUCGGAUACGAUACGGGCAUCGUGGGCGGUAUUCUCACAUUCGAGUCUUACCAAAAUGACUUUCGAUACACGGACAAGACGACCGUCAACGCGGUCAUGGUCAGUCUGCAGAAUGUGGGAGCCUUUCUCGCCGCGUUAUGCGUCUUUCCCCUCUCGGAGCAUUUCGGUCGUAAGAAGACCGUCCAGGUCGCCAUGAGUGUCUUCUGCACUGGCGUCAUCCUCCAAGUUGUCCCAUCGCACUCUUUGGUCUGUUUCUACAUCGGUCGCUUCGUGUCGGGUCUCGGUCUCGGCGCAGGCACGGCGGUGGUGCCGACCUAUAAUUCGGAAAAUGCGCCCAAGGAGAUCCGUGGGAUGCUGGGCUCGGGCGUUCAAUGGCUCUUUGCUCUCGGCGUGAUGAUUAGUUACUGGAUAGAUUAUGCUGUUCAGCAGACUUUGCCCGUCUCAUCAAAGCAGUGGCAGAUCCCCGUGGGCUUACAGUUGAUCCCAGCCACUUUUCUGGCUUUGGGACUGUUGACACAGCCGGAAAGUAUACGCUGGUUAGCCAAAAAGGAGCGAUACGAAGAGGCCUGGCAAAGCUUGGUAUGGUUGAGAGCUAGCGACGGACCCGAGGUCGAGGCCGAAUUCAACGAGAUUCGUGUUGGGCUGCAGGAAGAGCUUCGUGCGACGGAAGGCAUGAGGAAACGCGAGCUUCUAGAGCCGGCAAAUCGAUAUCGUCUAGCUCUCGCGGUGUUCGUCUUCUCUGGGCAACAAUGCACCGGCAUGACUGCACUUGCCUACUUUGGGCCUCAAUUCUUUAAACUGUUGGUCGGGAAUGACAGCAGUCGGUCUCUAUUGAUCACCGGCCUGUUCGGCGCAGAGAAGUUUGUCAUGGUCGGCAUCUACAUCUUCUUCUUUUCGGAACGAUGGGGCCGCAAGCCAACGUUGUGGAUUUCAGCACUGCUAAUGUCUGCGUGCUUCGUGAUCGUGGCUGUGGUCAAUAACACCACUCCAAAGCCCAAGCAAGAAAUCACUUCGUCUGGAAUCGCAACCGUGGCUAUGAUCUUCCUGACAAACUCAAUCUACCAGUUCAGCUGGGGUCCCUUACCAUGGCCUUAUACCACAGAGAUCUUCCCCUCACGAAUCCGAGAAAUCGGCUCCUCCGUCGCCGUCGCAACCCAAUGGCUCUUUAACUUCCUCUUCUCUCUCGUAACACCCUACAUGCAAGCGUCCUGGGGCAGCUACAUAUUCCUCUUCUACGCCGCUCUCGACGUGAUCAUUGCGAUUCUCGUCUGGUUGUUCGUCAAGGAGACCAAAGGAAAGAGCCUGGAGGAAAUGGAAAGCAUUUUUAACAGCAGAGCUGCAUUUGACGUUCUGAUUGCACGACGUGAAGACCAUGAGAUCGGAGAUAAUUUCUCUGUGCUUGAGGUGCCGAUCACAAACAAGAGCUCUCGGGGGUCGGGUUCGUUGAUCGAGGAUGUUUCUUGA